AUGGCUACUGCUACGCUACCAAUAGAUCACGUUCAUACAGAAGAUAAUGAAAGGCGUCUUGGCAUUUUCUGUCUUAUCUGGCUCGAUGCUAAUACAAACUCCAAAGACUAUCGAGAUACAGAACAAAAUUUACGUUCUAUUAUUAAUCGUCUUGAGAAAUUCCAUGAUAUAACAAAAUGCCAAAAAUAUAUUAGUGAACGAUCGCAAUAUGAACGAGUAGUUAUGAUUGUUAGUGGCCGAAUGGGAGAAAAAAUAGUUCCUUUUAUUCACAAACUUCGGCAAGUUAUAUCAAUCUAUGUGUACUGUAUGGAUAAGGGCAGAAACGAACGAUGGGCUCUCCAUUUUACAAAAGUAAAAGCUGUUAUUACUAAACUUGAUAAACUCGUUUCUCGAAUUAGAAAGGAUCAUAGAAUUCAGAAAAUUGUCGAAGAACCAUUCUCAAUUAAUAUUUACACUAAAGGUAAAUCAACAGAUGGUGUCAAUGGAAAAUUUGUUUUUUCACAAGUUCUUAUUGAUUGCCUUCUACGACUACAAUACACCAGAAAGGAUAAAAGAGAACUUAUUAAAGUUUGUAAAAACGAGCAUAAAGACAAUCAUUUUGAGUUAAGCAAUCUUCACGAAUUUCGAAAACAUUAUUCACCUGAUAAAGUCUUGUGGUGGUAUACACGAGAUUCAUUCUUUUACAAAACUCUUAAUGCUGUUUUACGUACAGAAAAUAUUCAUUUGACUUUUUUAUUUCGUACAUUUAUCGCUGAUAUUUCUCAUCAACUGAAAUAUUAUCAAGCAAAGAAAUCUCUACGGGUUUAUCGUGGACAAAUGAUAACAAGUGCUGAGCUGCAAACUUUACAAAAAUAUGUGGGACAAUUUAUUUCAGUGAAUUCAUUUUUUUCUUCAACUGUUAAUAAGGAACAAGCUCUUUCGUUUCUGAAAGUUCCUGGUGAUACAGAAAAUUUAGAUGCAGUAUUAUUCGAAAUCGUUGCUGAUCCUAAAGUAGCUACUUCCAAACCAUUUGCUGAUAUCAGUGCAUUUAGUGAAUUUCCGGGUGAAUCAGAAGUACUCUUUAUGCUUGGUUCUAUUUUUCGUUUGGAUAGUGUAGACCGACAUAGCUAUGGUCACAUAUCGAUUAUUCGAAUGACUUUGUGUAGUGAAAAUGAGAGUGAUUUGAAGAACGUUCUCAUCGAUAUGAAACGCGAACUUGGCAGUGGUCAAACAAAUCUUCGAACGUUAGCAACAUUAUUACGUGAAAUGGGUAAAUUUGAUUUAGCUGAAAAAUAUUUGACUCGGUUGCUGAAAGAACUUCCGUUAAAUUAUCCUAUACUUGCUGACUUAUAUCAAGAACUCAGUAAAGUUGCAGCCCUUGCUGGUGACUAUGACAAGAGCGUUAAAUACCGUCAAAAAUCACUCACGUUGAAUACUGAUCAACUUCAUAAUCGAACUUUUUUAGCUACAAUGCCGAUAUCAGAAUUAAAAAAGAACGGUUAUGAAUUCCAUAAUAUACAAUUGAUGCAACCAACUGAAACAAGUCCUGUUGGUCUUAAAUUAACUAAACAACAAAAUCCAUUGCAAUAUAUUAUAACAGCUGUUGCUAAAUACACAAAAGCUGAUUUAGCUGGUCUUAAAGUAAAUGAUUGGCUUAUUAAAAUUGAAAAUACUGACAUUCGUACAACUGAAUUUUCUGAAGUAUCACACACUAUUCGUGAUUUAUUAACCAAUGCUGGUUUAAUUAAUAUGGUUAUAGCACGAAAGAAAACAUCAAUAUCACCAUCAACAUCGGGAGAAUACGAUAAAAGAGAUAUACGCCUUAUUGUAUUAAACGAAGCAGCAGGAUUAGAUUUCAAUUCGUUUAUUUCAGAAAAUGAUAGUCAACUCCAAACACAUUUUAUUAGUAGUGUACAACCAUUAUCAUUGGCUGAUAAAGCUGGUUUACGCGAUGGCGAUCGUAUAUUAACAGUUAAUGACAUUGAUGUAACACAUGCUAUACAUGAAGAUGUUUGUCGUAUGAUGCAAACAAAAAAACCUUUACAAUUAACAGUUGUGAAUGAUCCAAAAUAUAUAGAAUUAAUUGAAAAUGUCAAACGUAAUCAAACUAUAACCGAAGAUUCAACAGUUCGUUCUCGUUCACCAGCUAGACAUGUUUCAAGUGAUCCAAUUAGUGAUUUGAAAAUUUCACCUAGUAAAUCUUUAUCUCCGUCGCCACCAAUUGAAGAUGAAGAUGAUGGAUUAUCAAAACAUCGUCGUGUUCUAUUUACUGUCGGUAAAGUAUCAAUUAAAAUAAAACAUUGUAUUUUACGAAAAGAUCCAACAUAUAAUGGUUAUGGUCUUGUAUUACGGUAUCAAAAUGGUCUUCAUUUAAUUGAUCAAGUCGAAGACGAUUCGCCAGCUUAUAUUGCUGGUCUGCGUGAAGAUGAUAUUAUAUUAUAUGCUGAUAAGAAAAAUGUUCAACAAUUAACACACGAUGACGUUAAAAUACUUAUUCGAAAAUUAUCAAUAAAAAAUAUGGAUAUUGAUUUGAUAUUAAUGAAAAAAUCUGACGUACCACGAUAUAAAAAUUAUGAGGAAACAAAUUCCAUUAAUUGGAAACUGAUAUUCGAUAAUAUAUUGAAUACUGACACAAUACCAACUGAACAGUCAACAUCGAGUAGUAUUCAUUCAUCAAAUGAUCAAAAAAAACGAGUCAUGUAA